AUGGAUUGUCAAGCUUUACAAAUAAUUUCAGAUGCUGAUAUCAAAGAAAUAAAAGUUCAAGUUUGUAUAUUUGCAUUUGAUUUAUUAUAUUUAAAUGGUGAAUCAUUGGUUGAAAAACCUUUUCGUGAACGUCGUCGUUUAUUACAUGAAUCAAUUCGUUGUAUACCUGGUGAACUUGUUUUUGCUGAAUCACGUACAACAUCAAAUAUUGAUGAAAUAAAUAUGUAUUUGGAACAAUCAGUUAAAGAUUGUUGUGAAGGUCUUAUGGUUAAAACAUUAGAUGAUGAUGCAACAUAUGAAAUAGCUAAACGAUCACAUAAAUGGCUUAAAUUAAAAAAAGAUUAUCUUGAUGGUGUUGGUGAUACACUUGAUCUUGUUGUUAUUGGUGCUUAUACAGGCACAGGUAAACGAACUGGUGUAUAUGGAGGAUAUUUAUUAGCAUGUUAUGAUAAAGAUAAUGAAGAAUAUCAAUGUAUUUGUAAAUUGGGUACUGGAUUUACUGAUGAAUUACUUGUUUCACUUGGUCAAUCAUUAGACUCACAUAUAAUACCAAAACCAUUGGCUUAUUAUCGUUAUUCUUCAUCAUUAGAACCAGAUGUUUGGUUUGAUGCAGUGAAAGUUUGGGAAGUUAAAUGUGCUGAUUUAUCUUUAUCACCUAAUCAUCAUGCAGCUAUUGGACUUGUUGAUGAAGGAAAAGGAAUAUCUCUUCGUUUUCCUCGAUUUUUACGUGAAAGAGAAGAUAAGUCAAUUGAAGAUGCGACAAGUGCUGAACAAGUUGCUGAUCUUUAUCGUAAACAAGAAAAAAUUAAAAGAAUGAAUGCUGAUAAUCAAAUAGAUGAUGAAGAUGAUAUGUAUUAA